CGUGCAAGGGCACGUUCUCCCAAGAACGACACGAGCUUGCUAAUUGCUUCUGCGAAGAUGACACCAUCAUUACGGUUGAACCUGUUGUUCACAAAAUGUUGCAAUCUCGGACCCAAGACCUAUGAAAGAACCGCCAGGAGGGGAAUAGGACUUUCUCUUAUGUGCUGAUCGAAGUGAACUCGAGACUGCCUCACUCAGAAACAUUCAGCAACAGGUUUUUCUUAAAGCAACAACCAUCUGUAUCGUCGGUUUUUAAUUAGUGCCAAGUUGUUGUGAAAAAUUGUUUGCUUGUGUGCCACGCAGGAGGUAAAUUUCCUGGUUCCAUACUGAAAGUUUCUUUCCCCAUGAAAGUGUCUCUUAUAUUUUCCUGUGAUAAGACUGUUUGGCAGAUUUAUGGAAGUAAAUCGAGUUUUCGCGUUGUGCGUAGUCAAAGUCUAAAAAUCCAAAUAAGUAAAAUAAAACAAUAAAACAUUUAAAUAUUACUUUUUUAUUUGAUAUCGCACAGUUUAUGUAACAACUUCGCUCGUUAGCAUUCUCACACGUAGCAGAGAAUGCAGUUAACAAGGAUAAUAACGCUCCUCGUAUGCUGUUUCCUGACACUGACGAACGUGACAGGAGCCCCCAGUCCACAGGAACCAGUUUUCGAACUUCCAGUACAACUCGUGGGGUUUCCGGUUAUCAUAGCGGCUGUCAGAAUUUCAAAUUUUGUCAAAAAACUCGCUUACUCUCUUAACCCAGAAACAUACACUAGUAGGACAAAGCGAGAUUUACCACGCUUAAUUGAUGAGGAAAUUUUAGAUGUCAGUCAAGUAGAAAAAAAACUUGUGACCGAAAUGGGGAUAAAUGUUUGUAUAUACGAGAGAAUUUGUGAAAAAUAUUCUGAGAUUACAUUAAAAAGGAGAGGCAGAUAUCACAGGCUGGAUUGGGAUGCCGUUUUCAGCCAAUACAAGUCGUCACCAGAUCGAAUGAAGGAGAACUACUUGUUAAGCGUCUUCUUGGGUGACAUAGUUGGUAGCCCAAGACUCUGUCAUCAAUUGAAAAAGCGAGGAAGAGCAUGUGUUAAUAGCACUUUAUCGGAUUAGUUCUAGAUUACUACUUUUAAUACUGUGAAAGAAAUGUCCGAUAAAGUUAUCGACGCUGAGUCUUAUAUCAAACAUUUGUAAGAAUGAACAAAGAAUACCUCAGAGCAUAUACUAAAUAUAUUUCGUACCGCAACUUUGAAAACAUUUUGACCUGUAAAAUGAAUAUUUAGAAAAUUUUAUGAACGAAAAUCAUUCGUCGAACUUUUAAAGACUGUUAGAAUUUUAGUGAUAAAAUGUAUUUGUAAACAUAUUUUUUCUAUAAAUUGACGCUUGCAAUUGAUAUGAGUCUGUUUGCUGGUAGCGCCGUAUAUGAAUCUAUUCUCUAUGCUUAUACAGCAGAACAUAAGAAGAUGUAAUAUAGUUAGAGGUAAUUUUGACUGCAUGUAAACAUUUAUUUUUCGGCGAAAGCUUUAACAAAUACAUCAUUAAAACUCUUGUAGGCUACUUCAAGAUUGAUGAAAAGGACUUUAUAAUACACUGUAAAAAUCUUUUUGUCUGAGAAUUUCCUAGGGAAACAUUAAAUGUUAAUUUAAAAGUCAAUUUCAAGUUUGUGUAUACAAUACUAUAUAUGUUAAUUGAUGGCUAGAUAGGCGUAAGAAGAAUUCAAUGUCAAAUCAUCUAAAGAAUCAAAUGUAUUGUUAGUAAUUUCGAUGAAAGUUCUAUUAUACAUUCUCUUAGGUGAUGCCAGAAACCGCCUGAAAUAAUUGUCAAAGAAUGAAAAAACAUAGAAGACAUACAAAAUCGAAAAUUUUUGUCCUUUUCUUGAAUUUUCAUAACUUUGAUCCUAUUAUUAUAUAUACGACUUUUAGAGGAGAUUGUAAGCUAUCCAUAUAAAAUUAAAGAAAAUAAAAAAUGGAUUUUUUGUAAAAAAUUUAGUUUAAACAUUUGUUUUUGAAAAAAUUCUUUGAAAUGUUUUUCCCAAAAAAUGAUAAUUCUUUAAAACAGCUUCUUAUUGGGAAUCAGGUUUUAGAAUUCAAGUGUUCGGACGGAUAUAACCGAAUUCAUUGAAAUUGAGGCAAACUGAUCUGAUAUUAAAGCCAAAAGAUAGUUGUACACUUCAAUUCAUUAGUAAUUAUUUCUUUGUUUUCAUUUAAAUAUUAUGAGUAUGUACUUUGCAAGCUAGGGCGGUCCAAAAAAUGCGUUUUCAUAUAAAGGGCAUGCAAUCUCCUCCGUUAUUUUGUGACGAUCAUCGGUAUUAACAGGGAAAUUUCUUUCCGGAAUAAUAAGGUUCACUUUCUUGGGUGCAAACUAAGCUUGGAAGAGAUUACCAUAAUUUGUUGGGGUUCUCCAACCAAUAAUUUUCGCUCCAUAAAAAAAAUCUUGAACUUACCAUUUUGUGAAAAAUUGACAUAUACUUGUAUAAACUUUGUUUUUCCCUUUUUGGCCUCAAAUUACUUUUAUUCGACAAGUAAAAUGUUUAUGGGCAUUUAUUUUAUUAAUAAGCAAUUGCUUAAACAUUUCUAUUUUUCUCAACUUUUUUUUCCUAUGCUACCAACUCAUUAAAAUGAACGUUUUUUUACAUUCAAUCAGCCAAUUACUCAUUGUCAGAUUUGAAUAAUUGCAAAUUACGGUAUAAACCACAUAAGAAGAUAAAUUUGAAAUAUUUAUUUAAGACAAAAAUUCUAAAAUAAAAUUUUUUUUUAAACAAAUACGAAUUUGUUCCAAAAUAUGGUAGUAAUAUCUUAAUGUCUUAGAAAUGUAAUGGCAAGCGAUACAUUUUGUAAAAAAAUGUCGAUUUCAGUUGUUUGGGGUAUUUUUGGAGCUCCAUAAAAUGAAUCCCGGUUGUCGAAAUCCACAGAAAUUUAGCGAAAAUUACCCUACAGACUCACAAACGAGUGCAGAUAAUCUCCGUAAGCUAAGUUUAACCCAGAACUUUAAUCUCAUUUUUCGGUAAACAAGCGUGUUUUCAUGUGAAUGUUGUCUAAUUUAUCGGGCCUUUGUGGUACGUACUGAUAUUAACCGUUGGGCUAGAACUUAUAAAAUUUUCCGAGGACCUCAUAAAAUGGGAGAGGCAGGUAGCAUUACCUCUAAUCGAACAAAAUUGUUUAACACUCAUGAUUUUGGAACUCAUUUAUAAUGCAGGUGUUACAUUUACCUAUACAUAAUAAUACUUAAUGCAUGCCUAUUUUCUAUCCACAUGGAUUCAAUAAUGAACGAUUUAAAUAGCUAGGCUGUCGCUUCAGUUUUAUUCUAUUCUAUAUUUAACGUCAUUCUUUUAUACGAAGGAAAGAACAUAAAAAGCAUUAGAUAUUGCUUUCGCCGAUUAAAAUAAUUGCUUCAUUAGGAAUCAGAUGAUGUGCUUUACGGAGCGGCAGCUUCGUCAUUCAUGUAUCGAAUGCGACGUGACUUGAUUGACAGAGAUUAAUUGUAAUUACUCUAGCGGGAAUAAAAAAAACGAUCCGCACUUGAAUCUAUAUGCCACUAGAGCUUGUGUUGAAAUAUUAAAUUGUUUCGCAAAGGCCGUAAAUAAGAUGUAGCAUAGUUAUAAGAAAUCAUUUUUUCAUAUAGUAAUAAAAUUACAAUUACAAUGCGAUUUCUUUGCGGGGAAAUACCAUAUUUCCGCACGCUGAAAUCGCUAAUCCCGUAGUGAAUGAAUAUAUAUAUAUAUAUAUAUAUAGAGAGAGAGAGAGAGAGAUAUGCAAUAUACAAUUUGUGUGCCAUACCAACAAGUUUUAAAUUACUUUUGCAACUAUGAAUACAAGUUAUUGUUGGCAUCUCGUACUUGUAUUGUGAAAUGUGCUAUUUAAGAAUGUAUACUGUAUAGUUUUUUAAAUGUAAUUGCUACAUAUAUUUUGAUCACUUUUGCUUUUAUCACUUACCCAAUGUCCUAAUAGCAAUUUAUUUGUUAAAAUUUACUGAGUACUUAUAUUACGUAACGUUAU